AUGCUGAAUGCUUCAGUCAAUGGAACUGGGGAGUAUCUCCGUUGUCCUUCAUGGGUUUUAUUACUGCCAGAGACAAUCUGUUUGUUGGUUACACUGCUUUUCAGUGGAGCCAUGCUGGAUACUAUUUUCCGGAUUUCUGCUCUGCGGAAGGAGCCAAGGUACCUGCUACUUGCCAGUCUCCUUAUCAGCGAUCUGCUCUACUUGCUCUUGCUGAUUACCACCACAGUGAUGUGGGCAGCAGUUAUCAGAAUACCCAUCCUGCUGUGCCUCAUCAAUUACCUGCUGGGUUUUUCCAGCUUCAUUAGUGGGUUCUUCACCAUCACUGCUAUGGCUGUGGACAAAUACAUUGCAAUCUGCUGGCCUCUACACUACCGCGCUCUCUGCACGGCCAGCAAAACUCAGAAGAUCAUUGCCCUCCUAUCGCUCUUAGCCGCGGUGCACCCCCUGAUAUGUUUCCUGAUACUUCUGUGGGCUGGGACACCCACACUGGUCAUGGAAUCCUUUCGCUGCAUCUUUCCUCCAGUCGAAGAAGGGAUUCUAGAAACUUCCUUUGCUUUAUUUCAAGCCCAGCAGGCUGUCCUCGCUCUCACUUUCCUGGCCAGCGCAGUGACCAUCGUGUUCUCUUACUGCAUGAUAUACAGGGAAGCUCGCCAAACGUCACCCAAAGUGCGUGCCCGCAAAACCGUGCUCCUCCACGGCCUUCAGCUUUUCCUUUAUUUCAUCCCCGUCGCCAACUACAUCGUUUACUCCAACUUGAUCAAAAGCACAUCCAUCAAAGUGCAAGUCACGGCCCAGUUACAUUUGAUUAACAUCUCUCUUUUCUCGGUCUUGCCUCGGUGCCUGUGCCCCCUAGUUUUCGGGCUGAGAGCUAGUGAGUUGUACCGUCACGCGAAGAGGCGCCUUUUCAACCAGAAUCAGGUAGCACCUCUGUUAGACUCAACAUAAUUCAAAACGCAGCCAAACUAAAACCAGAACAAUAACAUAUAGCCAGCUCAAGGCUACAUCUAUUCCGGAAUCUUCCAGACCAUCUUAAUCCUGCAUUCUGUAAUCAGAACGAUUCUUAAAAGAGUGAAUUCAAGUAUCUCAGAACAUAUUGAAAAGUAUUUUAAUAAUCUGUACUGCGUUUAUAGAAAUGUGCAUUGUUUGUAGGUGGUGUUUUUGAUUCAAUGAGAAACGAGGUUAUGUAUGUCUGGUG